CUCUCUCUCUCUCUCUCUCCUGCUGCUGCAUGAUUAAUGGGCAGCUCUGAUCCCAUGAUAAACACUGUCACCAUGAUCUUACUCCUCAUCCUCGUCCUUCUUCCUGCCUCCCACUCAGCUCCAAUCUCCUCAGAAUUCAUCCGCACAAGCUUCAACGCCUCCUACUUCCAAUUCAUCGACCAAACCGGCGUCUUCCUGGCCUCUCCUGGCGGAGGCGCUUUCACCGCCGCAAUCACCAACACCAACCCCGAUCACAAUCCGUUGCUAACCACCCCAGACUACUCAUUCUACUUAGCCGUCAUCCACCCCGGCUCCGGCACAGUCAUCUGGUCUGCCAACCGCAACUCCCCUGUCUCCAACUCCGCCAUGCUCCACCUCACAUCCACCGCUCUCUCCAUCACAGACGACUCCGGCAAUCUCGUCUGGUCUACGCCACCGUUUCGCUCUCCCUCUACGGUUGCCCUGCUCCAGCUUCAAGACUCUGGUAAUCUAGUCCUUCUAGACCAAUUCAAUCACUCCUUAUGGGAAAGCUUCGAUCACCCCACUGACACUAUUGUGAUGGGACAGCGAUUACCCGUCAGAAAAGAAUCAUCAACCGUAAGUGCUCCUCGGACCGACGUAAACUUGUCGACCGGUGAUUACAGGUUCGCAGUCACUGUCGGAGGGGAUGCGGUAAUGACGUGGAAUGGAAUGACUUAUUGGAAAUUAUCGAUGGAGCCAAAGGCUUAUAAGGACUCGAACCUACCUGCUUCGUACAUGGCCCUAAAUGGCACGGGUUUGUAUCUGUUUGCGGCAAACGGCUCCGCAGUUGUGGUCCACAUGAAUUUGGAUGAGUCUGAGUUUCGAGUUGCAAAGUUAGAAUCCAAUGGCAAGUUCAGUGUGAAAAGCUUCAAGAACCAGAACUGGGUACAGGAGUUCACUGGUCCAGAGGAUGACUGUAGAAUCCCUUAUGUUUGUGGCAGAAUCGGACUCUGUUCCACUGGAACAUGCUCUUGUCCCCAAGGUUUUCGCACUAGUUCCGAAACAAACCAAGGUUGUUCGCCUACAGAUAGUUCUUACUCUUUGCCAUCAGCUUGUAAUGCAAGUGUGAAUAGCAAUGGUAGUGAAUAUAAUUCGUCCACUUCUUACAUGAAAUUGGGAGAUGGUAUGGACUAUUUCUUUAAUGAUUUUACCGAUCCUCUGAUGCAUGGUGUCAAUUUAUCUAUUUGUGAGGAUCUUUGUUCUAAGAAUUGUUCUUGUUUGGGAUUGUUUCAUGAUAAGUCUUCUGGUUCUUGCUACUUGCUUGAAAACCAUUUGGGUUCAAUCAUGUCGCAAUCGACAACUAACGCGAAUCGGAUGGGUUACAUAAAGGCUCUUUUUGUAUCCACGGAUGCAGGCCCAAAUGGUAGCAGAAGAAAGCAACAUUUGCCCCUUGUAGGUUUGGUACUAUUACCUCCAUCUGGGUCCUUACUGUUGAUCACAAUAGUAGUUGGACUCUUUUGGUAUAGAAAAAGGAAGUCUAGAAAUGAUGUAGUAAAGUUAGGCCACGCAAACUCAUCUUCAUCAACGGAGCUUGAGAUAAUCUUUAUCCCAGGUUUGCCGGUGAGGUUUGGUUACGAAGAGCUUGUCUUUGCAACAGAAAAUUUCAAGACUCAAAUUGGUUUCGGAGCGUUUGGGACUGUCUACAAAGGCACUAUGCUUGACAAAACUGUUGUUGCGGUGAAGAAGAUCACUAGUUUGGGCGUUGAGGGUAAGAAAGAAUUCUGCACUGAGAUUGCUAUAAUUGGGAACAUUCACCAUGUCAAUUUGGUUCGGUUAAAAGGUUUCUGUGCACAAGGGAGGCAGCGGUUUCUGGUUUAUGAGUUUAUGAAUAAGGGUUCCUUGGAUCGUGUGCUCUUUGGUAAAGGACCUGUUCUGGAAUGGCAAGAGAGAGUUGAGAUUGCCUUGGGUACAGCAAGGGGUCUGGCGUACUUACAUAGUGCUUGUGAGCAGAAGAUCAUCCAUUGCGAUGUGAAGCCAGAAAACAUUCUGUUGCACAACAAUCUACAGGUGAAAAUAUCAGAUUUUGGGCUCUCGAAACUGCUUAGUCCUGAGCAAUCUGGUUGGUUUACAACCAUGAGAGGAACUAGAGGCUAUCUAGCACCCGAAUGGCUAACUAACUCUGCAAUCACUGAUAAGUCAGAUGUUUACAGUUACGGAAUGGUUUUACUAGAAAUAAUCAGAGGGAGGAAGAACUGCUCACUCCAAACACGAACUUCAAGGGCAGAUAAUUCUAGCCUCAGUGGAAAUGGCCAAUCACCAUCUCCCUCAUCAAUUUAUUUCCCACUAUUGGCAUUGGAAAUGCACGAGCAAAGGCGGUACUUGGAGCUCGCAGAUCCAAGGCUUGAGGGAAGGGUAACAAGCGAGGAGGUGGGAAAACUAGUUCGAGUGGCAUUGUGUUGUGUGCACGAAGAGCCAAUGAUAAGGCCAAGCAUGACUAAUGUUGUUGGUAUGUUGGAAGGUGGACAUCCAUUAGGUGUGCCGCAGGUAGAGUCGCUCAAUUUUUUGCGGUUCUUUGGCCAGAGAUUCACCGAGGCGUCAAGAAUAGAAGGGUAUAGUGAACAGAAUGAGUUUGUAUUGCUCCCACAAGUAAAUGGACCCUAUAAUAGCAGUUCAAGCGGCUCCUAUUCUUACAUUUCAUCACAGCAAGUAUCAGGUCCUAGGUAGGUAGUAUCAGUCCUUAAUUGGUUUGUGCUUGUGUAAAAUUGUUUGUUCUAGAAGGUAAAGGACGCCCUUCUUAUCGCAUGAUGGUGAUGCCUAAAUGUUUGAGGCUGCUGUAGAUGUAUAUAAUUCCGUUUUACACCCGUUUUUCUUUUUUGUUUUGCGAAGGAUUGUAAAGCCACGGAUUCAUGCUUGGUUUCAUCCCAGAAUAUGAGCUAUCCCUUCUAAUGAUAAAAGCAGUAGAGGAUGGAGAUGUAUCAUUAUGUAAGUGUAAAGUAGUAUAGAUUUGCACAAGCCAGUUAGUUAUGUCAUUAUUGCAAAGACUUGGUUUUUGGCAAUUUGUUUAAGGUGUUUUGGUUACCUUACCUUCUUUAUUGAUCAAUCAAUAAGA